UGUUCUUCUCAACUUCUAACCUUGUUUGUGAUUCAUUCUUUGCAUUAAAGUAGUUCCUGGAGUUGUUUUUUUGACAAAAGUUUCGAUUUUUUUAACUUUUGUUAGGGAUUUCUUCCAGAACGUGUUUGAAAAUUUUCGCUAGAUUUUCACUCACUGAUGAUACAUGUUUAUAGCAUCGACACUUCUGCCAAUUUUUUUUUUUUCGUUAUCUUCUCUGAAAUGAUUCCCCUAUUUUCAUUGCUUAAGCAAAGCGCCCUUUCGUUUUUUGUUUUCAGUUCCUCGUUUUUUUUUCUCCCAUUGAUGAUUUUCACAGAAACUACUGAAUAAUGGAGAUUGGGAAAUACACACAAGGUAUACUUCAAAGAAUUCAGAAAAUAGAACCAGAUAACGCGAUCAAAAUUUUUGGCUAUCUUCUGUUGCAUCACAAUAAUGAUGAAAUAGUUGACUACUUGUCUGGAACUGAAGAGCAGAUUCAUUCUCUCAUCGCCGAGGCAAAGUCUUAUUUCAUGUUUUCUUCCAAAUUCAAAUUCCCACAUUAUUUAAAUCCAUACUAUAGCCACGCCACUCCCCUUCCAUUCUUUGCUCCUCCAAGCAUUAGAAACUUGGAUCAUUUUCCUCAUAAAGAUGCUUGUUUCAUGGAAGAGCAGCUAUACACCUUGAGACCCAUGGGUGUUGAUCUGCCUCACAAUCUCAGCAUUCCUGGGGUCUCAUUUGGCUCACUGAGUCAUUCACUGCCGAGUUGCAGAGAGUUCCCCAUUGAAGAUCAUAAGUUCGCUCCGGGUUUGCUUGAGAAUUAUGAGUUGAAGAUUGCGACGCUCCUGAGAGCGCGAAGGGGUGUACCUGUUUCUGUAUCUUUAUUGCCUUUGUUGUACCAAGAGAUGUAUGGGAAAGCACUUCUGACAGAAGGUUAUCUCAGACCUGGAAAAGUUGGCGCAAGCUUAAUGAAGCUUCUUGCACUAUUAAGAAACAUUAGGCUUGUAGAUGGACCUCAUGGGGAUCAUUGGGUGGUACUAGAUGAGGAUGCUUCUAAUUAUAUGGAAUUUAUGACUGAAAGAAAUGAUCUUGGAAAUUCUAGUUCUCAUCAGAUUUAUCUUACUUUCCUUGCUGACAGCACAUUUACUGAUAUUGAUGUUCAGAAUUAUUUCAGUCAAUUUGGUCCUGUUCAUGAUGUGAGGAUCCCGCACCAAGCGAAACGGAUGUUUGGUUUUGUGAGCUUCUAUCAUUCUCAAACCGUCAGACAAAUUUUAGAGAUGGGACAUCCCCAUAACAUUUGUGGUUCUCGUGUUCUUGUCAAACCUUAUAUAGAAAAAUCAAGAUUAGUUCAGAGGAAAUAUGCUGAGAAAUUGAAUGAUGAUUUGCAUUCCCCAUCUCUUUCUUUUGAUUUGGAAAAUGGUCUUAGUCCAAGACAAAAUUCUAUUGAAGCUUCCCAGUUUCAUAAGAAGCAGCAGAUUGGGUUGGAGGAGCCAAACCUUUUACACGAUCAAUUUAGCUCUUUAAGCAUUGCUUCACAAGAAGAUACAAUUGAUGAAGAUAAGAGCUGCAAUAAUCAGGACAGAGAAAACCCACGGCAAAGUUUUAUAGCCUUCAAAAUACUAAUACCAGCAGAAGGAAGUUUGACACGCAAAUUUACAGAAAAAAUACAGUAUACUUUUGUGAUGUUUAGGAGAGCUGACAUUCUGCUAUAUUUGAAUCUCUAUAAACGAUUUGUCUGACAUUUUGCAAAUUACUGAGUAUGAUUUAUUUGUGUCUUAGCAUGCACGUACGAGCAACUUUUUCUGAGAAGAAAUUAUAUAAUACUAGAG